GGUUUAUGAUGAUAUUUUUUGAUGAAUUUUUUGAGCCCUUUUCAUUAAAUUUAAAAGAAGUUAGGUGUGGAGCACAGGCAUAACACAAACACAAUACGCCGCCGUACCAACGGCACGAGAUAGUUCAUGCAUUUAUGGAGAGGAACCGAGUCAGCUGGCAACGUGGGAUCUACGUGUAAGCCAAUCCAAUAACUGACACGUAGACCACCCCCUCCAUCCCUCCUAUAUUAUUACCCCAUAUGGCGUCCUUGUUAGGUGCAUCCAUCCAUCAAUCAAUCCCCAGGCAUCCACUUGUUGUUCUUUAAAACUCCUCUAAGAUUGUUUAGGUUCAGAAAGAUCAGCAGAAAGAAGAAGAAAGCUAAAGAGAUGAAGGAAAAUACUGGGAACCCUUUGGCCUUGACAUCUCUCAAUCACAUCUCUCUCAUCUGCAAAUCUGUGGAGCAAUCGAUCGACUUCUACCAGAACAUCCUGGGUUUUGUCCCUGUUCGAAGGCCUGGUUCUUUCAACUUCGAUGGGGCCUGGCUGUUCUGCUAUGGAAUAGGAAUCCAUUUGCUUCAAUCCGAAGACCCGGAGAAUUUGCCUAAGAAAAAUGAAAUCAAUCCCAAAGACAAUCACAUCUCGUUCCAGUGUGAGAACAUGGACGGAGUGGAGAAGAAGUUGAAAGAGAUGGAAAUCAAGUACGUGAGGCAAAGGGUGGAAGAAGGAGGGAUCUACGUGGACCAGCUGUUCUUCCACGACCCCGACGGCUUCAUGAUCGAGAUCUGCAACUGCGACAACUUGCCGGUGGUUCCGCUCGCCGGCGAGGUCGCCAGGUCAUGUUCCCGUCACAAUAUUCCGAUCAUGCAGUCCCAUAAGCACAUUCAUGUCUAGUUCGAUCAAGUCCGCCGCCGUACGUUACGUUCUAAUAAUAAUAAUAUUAUUGUUACAAUAAUUACACAUCCAAGCUAAGCAAUUAGUUAAUUACUGAGCUAAGCUCGAUCGGCUCUCUCGAUCUUGUGUUUUGUUUGGCUCGAUAAUCAUCAUUAAGCUAAUUAAUGAAGUUGCGAGUCGAUGUUACGUAGUAUACGAAGUAUUUGUUUGUUUUGUUUUGUUUGUUUGUUGUAUUCCUUCCUAUGUACGAAGUAUGAUAAUUAGCUGUAUGUAUGUGUUUCUAUAUAUGUCGGUCGUCAUUUUGGCAGCUUGUAAGGACGGUGUUACUUAGGCAGGCAGACAUUUCCACAUCAGUUACUUGGCUUCUUUAAAAAAAGGAUGACACCCACCCCUUAGGACCCCCCAACCCCGACGGUAUGUUGGGAGGAUGUAAAUUGGACUAUAAUCCCAAUCUGACAGGUAGAGAGUGAGGCUCUGUUCUCGGUACUUGCAGAGGCUCUAUGCAUUUUUAGCAUAGUAACUCUUCAUCACAGUUACCGGAAUUUGAACCCGGAAUCUAACCCUUGUAGCACUCCUUUGUUACCGGUUACUCACCGAUUUAGCUUCUUUUAUUGCGUACGUAAUAGUACAUAUAUAUUCCUAUUAUGUCUUGUCAAUUAAAUGUACCAUGCUCCACAUUUCAUUUAUAGUUGCCAACAACAUGUACCUAACUCAAGAUGUAGAUAGGAUGUGUCAUUAGGGGCAAGUUUCACGUUCAAAUACUGACAACUUACGAUUAAAGUUUAAUUUACAUCUUUUGGCA